GCUACAAUACAAAAUUCAAAUUAAUGAAACGUUUGAACUUUGAACGGUGAGCGUCUCCGAGUCAAGGCUCAGGCUGCUCCGAUACAAGAUAUCCAUUGUUUUCCUCUUCAUCUAUCUUGACCUCAGUUCGCUUUUAUCAUGGUUCAAACACCAGGAGCCCAAGGCGUCGGCGUAUGCUUUCCAAAACUCACAUUUACUCUGGAUGAGGGGACACAGUUUGGACCACGCGUCGGUAGGUUGUGCUUGACACGACCGUCCGAUAGUCCAUCCAACCAUAUCAUCGACAUCCCAACACCUAAUUUCCUCGUGGGGACAUCCCGUGGUGCAGUUCCACAUUUCUCGAGAGACCAUGUUCGUUCAGCGAAUGGAAUUAGCUGGAUCAACGUACCUUUUGAGUCCUUCCUCGAGCACACACCUCCAGUGCCUACUUAUCAAGCGGGACCACAGCCACUGCAUAAUUUUUUGGGAUUCGACAGCUCGAAACAUAUAGUUUCACUUUCGCUUCGUGAUCCUUUAGAUGCCCGAGAGAUGCCUCCAAAUGGAAAUGCGCAUGUCUCAGCGUUAUGCAUGCGUGGCGUAAGGAAGGUCACCCUCGCAGACUGGCGAUCGUUCGUUCUGACAAUGCAGCCUGAUAUUGCAUUUGCUCUCAGUGACACGCCGUUUACUGCAGCCCCGCACUCACAAAAACGCAUAACUAAAAGCAUCGAGCGUAGUGGGGCUUGGCUUGCAGAUCUAUUGCGUCCUGUUGGAAACACGAUAGAUGACUCACCUUCGGUGUCAACUCCUACCCAUCCUUUGAAUGUCUUUGUACACAUGGCUGGCGGUGCCUCGACCUCCGCAAGGAAGUCCUUUUCGCACAGCCUCACGGAGACUCUUUACGGGUUGGAAGCGGACUCCGUUAAACCAUUGCGAUGUCUAGAUGAAGGAGUAGCUGGAUAUGCCUUUGACUUAGCCGCUCUUCAUACGAAACCAGCUCCCCUUUUGGCCCACAACGAUAGGUGCAGAGGGAUUGAAAUUCCGGAAACCCCUUUGAUUCUACAGAACUCGGAAUCACUGGCGGAAAUGACAACACCCGACACAGCUGGUACACCCACAUCACUCUCGUCCAGCACGAUCGAACCUCUUUCCUUCCUCUCCCUGACCCCGGCCUUGGAUGAGCUACUUCGUGCAUCAUUAGCACCACUACCUAUCGCAAAGCCACGCCUUGUCACUGGUGUUCGAUCCCCGCAUGAAAUGCUACGUUUGAUCAGAGAUAUUGGAGUCGACGUGUUUGAUGCAGGAUGGGUCAUCAAAGCAGCUGAUAUUGGGGUGGCUCUCGAUUUUAUUUUUCCGGUCCCCAGCGGACACGGUGGCAGUUCCGGUCAUUGCAAACGCGACAUUGGUCACAACCUGUACGAUACAAAAUACACUCACGAUUUCACCGGUUUGACAGACGCCUUCCUCGCUGGUCACAAUGCUACACCUUCGUCUACAUCUCCUGUCUGCCCCUGCAUUGCAUGCUCUCCAGUUGCUCCUACUUCUCCUAUCCACCAUAGCAAAGCUGACGUCCAGUCACACCAAGCGCAUUCAGACGGCGGUGUGGGCCGGGGACAAUCCUUACCUCCUUUCACCCGAGCCUACCUCCACCACCUGUUACACACCCACGAGAUGUCUGCGCACACACUCCUCGUCGCACAUAACGUGGCAGUUCUUGACGCCCUGCUCACUGGGGUGAGAAUAAUUCUCUCAGGUCACGCUGAUCAGAGCGAAGCACCGGCUGUUUUUGCCCAAGAGAUCACGAAGUUUGAAGAGGCAUACGAUGAGGCUAUGUUAGUGCUCUAUACCGCCAGAGAUGAUUGGAAGGACGUGAAACAUGCACGGGGUAAAGGAAGACUGGCUCGGGAGGCGCAGAAGGAGAAGAAAGCGCAUUCUACUGAGGUGUAGUGGGUUUCUGUGUAAUAGCACUGUAGUCAUCAUUCAUACCACUUACUUGCAUAGUAAGAAAAUAGAAGAUCAUCGAGUUUGAUUGGCUAAAGGGCCGUUUCUAGGAUAA